AGUUUCUUGUAUUGACAUUAAGUUGUCAACUAAUCAUGUCAUUAUGUAUUUUUUUUAUAAUUUUUCCAAGAAGAAUUUAAAUAAUUUAACAGUUAACACUAAACCAAAGAUGAUUAAAUGCUUUUUGUUGGAAUCGGUUAAUUAAAACCCAUUAGUUAGUAUGAAAAUGGGGUGUGUGAGUAGUAAAAGUGAUAUAAAUGACAGACACCCCAAUAUAUUUCAAGUAACAAACGUUGACGAUCAAGGUAAAAAGAUAAAACCCGGAAAAUUACAAGUAACCGAGACAGAUUUGAUUUUUUACCAAAGAGGAAAAAAACCAACGAAAUGGCCGUUAAGGGCUCUCAGGAAAUAUGGAUGUGAUACGGAUAUUUUCAGUUUCGAAUGCGGCAGAAGAUGUCCUACAGGACACGGUAUUUACGCUUUUAAAUGUAAAAAAGCGGAACUGUUAUUUAACAUUGUGCAACAAUAUAUAACAGGAAAUCUCGCGGAUGAAUCAAACCCCAACGAUUCGCUCGCUAACGGUCAACUUUUAGUAACGAGGAGACCAAAUUUGAACAAUAUAUUUCAAGUUCAAACUGAGGGUUAUUUGAAUCCGAUAUCUGUACCUCCGGUUUCGAGACCGAUCGUCGGUAAUAGCCGGCCGGGUUCUGUGGGGAGUAACGGUCCUUUAAGCCCUACGUUAUCUCCUCCUCCGCAAGUUGAAACUCCUACAGAACAUAAUAAUAACAAAAGAGGCAGCUUAGUACCUGAGCCUACGUAUACAAAUAGCCUAGUAUUAGAUAGUAGUUUGAUGUUACCACAGUAUAUAAAUAUGGGCAGCUCAGAAGUUACAGAAGUGAGCGGUCCUUCUCGUUUGUAUAUGAACGUUGAUAUGCCGGAAGAACCAGAAGAACGUCAUUGUUACGCUAAUAUUGAUACUGAAGAUUUAGAAGUUGCAAGACUGCCAGAUACGACUUUAAUACCUUAUGUUAGUGUUGAUCCUAAUGUAGUAGAAGUGAAUUAUGCAGAGUUAGAUUUGAAUGGUGAUGGAGAUAGAAACUCCAAUGUACCAACUGUAGUUCCGGAAGGUCCCAGUAUAAAGGAGAAAUACGUAACGAUCGAUUUUCAAAAAACCACGGCUUUAUCACAGUCAAUAAACCCUAAUAUGACGGUAGAAGAGGGUUGUAGAAAAACUAGACAUAAUUCUACGAUUAAUUAUCACAGUUCAGUAAGUGAUUGAAAAUAAUCAACAACUUGUGAUGUAUUUUUUUAUUUAUUAUAAUUUGUGACGAUUGUGAGGUGUUUUUUUGAGGUUAAUUUUUCAAUAAAACUCAAUGGGAACGCCUCACAAUCGAUUAUUAAUCAAUGGAAACAUUUUUUUGUAAUAGAUUUUACAAAUACCAAAGAUAUUAUUACCGUUAAUAUUUUUUAAUGAGUGUCAAAGAUAUAUUUAUAGGUUAUAUGUAAAGUGAACAAAGAAGAACAAGAAAAAAAAAGAAGUCAUUUUAGCCAAAGAUAUUUUUAAGUGAUUAUAGAUUUUUGUAAUAAAUUUCGUUUUAUAAAAAAAAUAAUAUUUUAAUUGUAUAUUAUGUGCUGAUUUUGAUUAAGUACAACAAAUUUUUUAAUAAAUGAUAUUUUACAAUAAA